AAUGUCAUUUCUUUGGUAGAGUUCACCGAUUUUGAAAUAUCAAAGAGCCGGUGAUGAAACACAUUCCAUCAUUGUCCCCAAGGCUGUUGGAAGAGAAAAAGGCCCACUGAAUGCCAGAUCCUCCCCUGUACCUACAAGACCCACACAAUGACAGGUCCUUCACUUUUCUUUGCAGUGAAAAAUGAUGUCCUUUUUCAAUGAAAUUAUCAUAUUUUACCAGUUUUUAUUUUAAUAUCAGUAUUAGUAUUUUAAAGAACCUAUGAUGCCAUGAUGCACUCCGAGGGUCUACAUCGAGGAGAAUAGCCCCGUCGUAUAUCGAUCCUCCAUUACACUGGAAAUGAGGUCAUUUUCGGCGUAAAUCGACUUUUACCAGAGAACAGAAUCGAGUUUGCUGGUCCCUUGUUCUUGUCUGUGUGUGGUGGUGCAGUCUGGUACCUGCGAAGGUCAUCCAGUAAGCGUUACAUGCUGAUGUAAAUGGUUUCGACCAAUCUGACGUGUCUUUCAACUCCCUUAAAUGUGCUUGGAGUUGAGUAACAUUCUUCCUCAUUCAUCAGGGUGGGAUGUGGCCAGACGACGUCCACUCCUGUGUAUUUCUGUGACUUUUCCGGUGUUUCUGUAUCUCUGUUGUAACCUUAUGACACUCUGUGACGCCAUAACCUCAGUGGCCACUUCCGACUAAUUACAUCCUGCCUGAAAUCCCACAAUGGCGAGGUACAGUUGAUCAUCUGCUCAGUAUCGUCUUGGUCUUGUGAUGUCAAAGAGCGAUGAUGAAGAAAUGUAUUGGUUGAUUCCUGGUUAAAACACCUGCUGUGAAUUUUGUCUUUAAGCUCCUUAUUACAGAAAAGGAAGUGGUGCAAAGAGGACCGACACACUGAACAGUUGGACAUGAGCACUCAAAGGUUUAGAGAAGGUUACAUUAAGUUCACCUGUAAAGGUUGUAGCACAUUUUGGUUUCCUCCUGUAAUUUCACCCUGCCUUGUAUGAGUAAUGGAUAACAUGCCUGUGUGUGUUUUAUUUUUAUGAGAGGUUGUUUAUUUCUAACUUAAAUAAGAUUUGGUAAUGUCACAUGAGAAUAAGUCAUACAUUUAUCCUGCAUUUCACGCAGUUAGGUAAAUAUUUGUAAAUUCCUAAGCAGACAACCGGAUAAUGUAAGAUGCUUUUCUUUAAAACUUAAAUUGCUGAUUUUCAUGAGUAUUUUCUUCAUAGAGUGAGUCACCAGUGACUUGUUUUGUGAAGAUGAUAGAGUUCAUAUCUUGUGUUGUUAUUCCUGGAAUCUGCUGAAGUCUUCCUUCCAGUUAGAAGUUACUGUCUCAAGGUUUCACAUGAACUGUGAAGCUACUCCCAAGUAUGACCUUACUCAACUUCUCUAGUUCUGACUUUAAGCUCUGUGUUUUCUUUUCAAGAGUUCAAGUUCCUUCUUAGUGUUUCUGUGGUGUCGGUUGCAUCAUCUGUCAUUCUGCUGUCUUCUGUCUUUUUUGAAGCAAUAGAAGGUUUCACCAUAGCAAACUUGUCUGUUUGGAUGUUGGCUCUCACUGUGACUUUAACUGUGGGACUCCGGCUCCUACCUGGCAUGUUUCUACAUGUUUGUACAAUUGCAGACAGUUUCUGACUGUGUCAUGUUCUGGUCUGCCUUUGCACAAGCCGCCCUGGAUGUCCUGUCUAUCUACAAAUCUGUUUGAUAAAGUAGGGUAAAGAUAUCUAAAAUCCUUCAAAAGUAGGAAGGUAUUUAUUAGAUUUAUUUGAUACUGAAAACUACAUAAUUCUGUUCUUUCAAAGCAUGUUCCUGAAUAACUAAGCAGCCAAAUGUUUUGUAGAGUGUGUAUAAAUAUUCAUGAUAAACCGGCCAGAUGGCUUCCUGCAACAGGGUGCUCUAUACUGUAGAUUUAUAUAUUCCUACAUAUUUUCCAUUUCUAAACUCAAUACCAAAACCAUUUCCAGACUCACAUUUCCUUAGUUACGGGUCCAGUUUUUGCAAAAAUAAAAAAAAAAUGUAUCGGCAUACAUUACAGCACGCUUUUUAUGGUUUUAUGUGUAUUAUUUGUUAUAACCAUAACAUAUGAGACUGGCGACAGUCACACACAAACAAAAACUGAUUAAGGCAUAGAGACAGGGUGAAAGGAAGAGAAGAUAAAAGCAGAACUCGUGCUGCAAUCUUUUCUACACUCUGUCACCCUUAAGGUGCGCUGAGUGGGGCCCAGUGCUGGACAGCGAAUGUGACUCUGUAUCUGUCCAGUUUGUAUGACUUGUAACAUUUCAUUUCAACUGAAAUUCAGAAGCACUUUAUUGAUCAAAAAGUCAAAUUAAAUUUGAUCAUUUUGGCAUCUCAAGGUAAUGACUGAGGAGUUUUGGUCAGGUCACAGAACUGGUAAACACAGCUGGGUGUUGCACAGAAGGGGAAAAGCGUGCAGCACAACAAAGGAAAUGGUAGAUGGUCAAGAUGGUGAGGCCAGUGUGGAAAUGAAUCUGCUUAAACAGAGCAAUAAUGGGGGGGAAACAGGCAUGAAAUCAAAGCACAAGGACAGGACAAGUCCACAGAAUUGUUUAAGCCGCAGAGGAGAGAAAAGCAAAAAACUGAUUGCUGCUCUCAUUGUCAUUGUCCUUAUAACUGUUGUGAUUGUCAUCUCUGUGCUUGCGUGCUGCGCAAACAAUGUCGAUGAGGAUGAAAAUUUUGACCGAACGACCUUUAACCUACAACAGAAAUUUAAUGGGAGCUUCCAGAUGCAAACUCCAUUUUCAAAUGAAACCCAAGGUCUCAAUGACGUUCAGAGAAAGCUGACCGAGCUCUAUGAAUCCUCCCAUGCUCUGGGUCGUUUCUUCUCAAACGCGGAGACAUUUCGCCUUGGGAGUGAGUCUGCUGUCGUGCAAUACAAGCUGGAAUUUAUCUUUCCAGAAGAGGAGCUUAGGAACUCCAUUCUUAGCAGGGAGAUGGUGUACAAUGUGUUCAGGCAGUUCCUCUACGAUCAGAAUGAAGAAGAAUCUGGGAUUAUGUUCAUUGUCCCAACUUCCUUGGAAAUGCACACCAUGCAUUAAUCAGAUCUUGAAAAAUGAGCUCUUGUAAAACCACUAAAACCGGAUCUCCAGGAUGUGAUUACUUUUUUAACGUAGUGGCCUAGAGACAGUUGACUUGUCAGCUGUUGUUCACCACACAAACUGAGCCACUGCCCAUGUGAAUGCUCUCACACGACCAGAUAGCAUAAACCACAUGGUUGUUGUACAUUUAGGAUUUUUAUAUACUGUAAUGUAGAUUUUGUUAUGUAUUGCCAUUGUUUUUAAGUUAAAAAGGUCUUUGUUAAAACCUCAGAUGUCGUAUGUUGAUGUAGCGGAAAUGAUGAAGUGGGUACACACACUCCUUUGCAUACACGUUCAGUUUACAAGCAGACAUCAUUUGCAAACCGUAACUGGACUUGCCUUGAAACAUUUGCCUAAAGUGGAACAAACACUAAAAUAACCAGGUGCAGAGAGACGAAGAGCUAUUUUUAUUUGCCAAAUGAUGAACUUAUUGACCCAAAGUGUGACUUAUAAUGUUCUUUUAUUCAUGUGUGCUUUGUGACUGUUAUUAAAUAUCUCAGCUGUUUUAUUAA